UCAUUUCGCUUCAAUUUUAUUAAAACAGUAGAAAUUUUUAAGAGCGUUUUGAUGGCUUUCUUAAUACGUGAUACCUUGUUGAGCAAACAACAUCUUGGCAACAUUUUUAUUUGUUGCGUCUUAUUGCUAAGUUGUAGUUUCAGCUCUGCUGUUGAGAGUGAUAUCAACUGCCUCAUAAGCAUAAAAGCAUCACUUCAGGACCCUUUAGGUUACUUAAACUCUUCAUGGGAUUUCAACAAUAACACAGAAGGUUUCAUCUGUACGUUUCUGGGAAUCGAGUGUUGGCACCUUCACGAGAGCAAAGUUUUAAAUAUCAAGCUUUCGGGUUUGGGACUCCAGGGCCCGUUUCCUCAUGGUGUAGCGAAUUGCACAAGCUUAUCCGGAUUAGAUCUUUCAAGCAACAAGCUCAGUGGACCUCUUCCUGAAGAUAUCGGUAGAAUUAUUUCGUUCAUUACAACUCUUGAUCUCUCUUCUAACAGCUUCUCAGGGCAAAUCCCAACAAAUAUUACCAAUUGUAGCUAUCUGAAUGUGCUUAAGCUUGACAGCAACCAGUUCACCGGUAACAUCCCUCUAGGGAUUGGCCAGCUCGGUAGGAUGAAAACAUUUAGCGUGGCAAACAAUCAGCUUUCUGGCCCAGUCCCAGAAUUCGGUAACAAUAGUGGAAUUACAGCAGAAAGUUACGCAAACAAUGCUGGACUUUGUGGGAAGCUUCUAAAGCCUUGUCGAUCGUCUCAAGUGAAGUCCACUAGUACUCUAGUUAAGGUUUUGAAGUCAAACAGUGUUGUUAUAGCAGCAGCAGCUGGUUUUGGAUUUGCUUUUCCUUUUUCUUUCUGUUUUUUCCUUCCAAGAGCUCCUAGUGUGCGUCGCUUGUGGGUCUUCUAUCGAGGAUAUAAACUGAGGUAGCCAGUAACCUUUGUCCUUUUAUGUUAUGUUUCAGUGAAAUAUAUGCAGAGUUCUUGUUUCGGAGCA